AUGCCUUCCCGAACAGAGAGGCAGACCGUCAACGGCCUUGGAGACGGCACGAGAAAACGUCAGCGACAAAGGGCCGAUGACGCCCAAGACAAACCUGACGAGGUGAUCGAUGUUCACCACGCGAGCUCGUCGCUGCGCCAUGAAUCUCGGAAACGAGUACGGGUAUCCGACAUCGUGGACGAACAAGUCCCUAAAGCCCACGGCACGCCUCGACUCGGGAGAUCCCCGAGUUUUGCAGACAGCGAUGGCGAGGAGGACCCAUCCGCGCGGGAGGAUGACGACGGCGAUCUCGACAUGCCCCCGGCCACCCAGUACGAGCACCUCCGAGACCGCGAUUUCAGCCACCUGCAGCAUGAAAAGGAGGACGACCAGCGAGCCACACAGAGGCUGAGGUCCAAGAACAGGAAUGUGGUCGGUGAGAACAGGAUAGCCGACAACGGCAUCCUGGAAAACAUCACCUGUAUCAAUUUCAUGUGCCACGAGCGCCUAUCCGUCGAUCUCGGCCCAUUACUGAACUUUGUCGUCGGUGAAAACGGAAGUGGGAAGAGCGCUAUCCUCACGGCGAUCACUCUGUGUCUCGGCGGGAAGGCGAGCUCGACGAACCGGGGCGGCAGUCUGAAGAGCUUCGUCAAGGAAGGCCAGGAUCAUGCAGUCUUGAUUGUCAAGAUCAAGAACCAGGGCGUGGAUGCCUACAAGCAUAUUGACUAUGGCGACUCCAUCAUAGUGGAGCGCCACUUCUCGCGACAGGGCAGCAGUGGUUUCAAGGUGAGGGCGGCCACCGGGCGCGUCGUCUCCACCAAGCGGAGCGAGGUGUCCGAGAUUGUUGAGUACUACUGCCUCCAGGUCGACAACCCUCUCAACGUCCUCUCGCAGGACAACGCGCGGCAGUUUUUGAAUGCCUCGUCGGCGUCUAUGAAGUACAAGUUCUUCUUGCAGGGUGUCCAGCUGGAGCAGCUGGACAAGGACUACGCCUUGAUGAAGGAGUUCUUGGACGCGAGCGAAGACAAGCUCCCCGAACAGCAAGAGAGGCUGGCUAUCGCGCAGCGAUCCUUCGAAGCUGCGGAUAAGCUGCGCAGGACGAUACAGGAUAACCAAGAGCUGCGCCGCCGUCAACGUCUCUACAUGAACCAGCUUGCCUGGUCUCAGGUCGAAGAGCAGGAAAAGAUCCUCGCGGACCGAGAGAAUGCUAUUCUAGAGGCGGACGCCAACAUUGCCCGGGCGGAGCAGACCAAGACCGAAACCACCCAAGCUCUGGAGCAAGCAGAGGAGAGCCUGCGCCGCGCACAGGAUGCCUUUGCAUCUGUUCAGGAGGAGGGCGUCGACUACAAGACGCGGGUGGACGAGGCUGCCGACAAGUUUGCCUCGGCGCGGAGGGAUCUGGAGCAGCUGCACAACGACGAGCGAGACGUGUUUGGCCGACUGAGGAAUGCCUCCGAGCAAGUAAAGGAUCUUGAGGCCAAGGUGCGCCAGGAGGAGAAGCGCAUCGAAGACAAGAACGGCGACGCACACGCCCUGAAGCGCGAGGAGCUCCAAGCUGCCCGGGACAGGGAGGCUGAGAUCGGUGACGAGAUCGACGCCGCCAACAAUGCCUUGCCGGAAUUGCAGAGGCGAGAAGAGGCCGCGAGGAAGCGGGUGAGCGAGGCGGCGGCAUCUGUCGAGCUCAAAAGGAGGGAGAUCCAGACAACCGAAGGCAAGAUCCGAGAUCUGCAACAAAGCCACGGCUCCAAAUAUGAUGCCUACGAGCAGCAGAUGCCCGACCUAUUGCGAGCGAUUGAGCACGAUGCCGGCUUCAAGGAGAAGCCCGUUGGGCCGAUCGGUUCGCACAUCCAGGUUCUGCAACCUAUCUGGAGCCCGAUCCUGGAGGCCACGCUCGGCAACAUCCUCAAUGGCUUCAUCGUCACGAGCAAGCAGGACCAGGAGCGACUCCGUGGCCUGAUGGAGCGCUUCAGGGUACAAAAGAGCCCGAUCGUCAUCGCCAACCGCCGUCUGCUCGACACCAGCGGCAAAGAGCCCGACGAGCGCUUCGAUACCAUCCUCCGCGUCUUGCGAUUUGACAACGAGCUGAUCAAGAAGGAGCUCAUCAUCAACAACAGGAUAGAACAGGUCAUUCUCAUCCAGGAGCGCAAGAAUGCCGAAGAUGUCAUGUUCAACGGACCCGUCCCGCAGAAUGUCGUCGCCUGCCUAGCCCUGCAUGAUGGCAAGCGCGGACAGGGUCUACGCCUGACCGCUCGGGCCCAAGGCAUCAGCACAUCCCCUGUCAUUGGGGGCAACCAGAGGCCCCGCAUGAAGUCCGAUAGCGAUAGUCAGAUUGCGAUCCACAAAGACUAUCUCGAGUCGUACCGGACCGAACUGCGGCAGCUCGAGACGGACAGACGCCAGCUGCAGCAGACCGCGCAUCGGUGUCAGGAGGAGAUCAAGCAGCAGACCAAGAAGCUCCAGGCCUUGCAGACGAGCUUACGGCAUGCCCAGCUGCACACAGAGAAGGUCCAGGAAGAUCUGGACCAGUUUGACGGCGUCGACGUACGCCUGCAGGCGCUUCAAGAGCAGCUACUCCAGGUCAUGGAGGAGAAGGACUCGUACGGCAACGAGUAUGGAGAGAUGAACGUGCGCAAGAAGGAGCAGAAUAAGCUGAUGGAGACGCUGAAGAAGAAGUUGACCGAGGAGAAGCUGGCCUUCCGGGACUAUGAGGCGAUGUUAAACAAGGCGCAGGACAAGGUCACGCAACGUCAAGACGUGCGCAAGAUUGCCCUCGUUGCCAAGAAUGAAGCCUUUGAGGAAGCGGACAAGUGCAGGGACGACAAGCGCGUCGCCGAGGCCCGGCGGGACCGCCAGAGGGCGCAGGUGGAGGAGUUCACGGUGCAGGCGUCGGCAGUAGCCCCGGAACGUGUCUACAUUCCCCAGGACGAGACCGUGAAUAGCAUCCAGAAAAAGUAUGAAGGGGUACGGAAGCAGCUCGACCUGCGGCAGAAGAAGAUUGGCCUGACCGACGAGGAAGUCAACAACCGCUUCAUCACGGCCAAGGAGACGUUUGACCAGGCGCAGGAGGUCCUCGACGGGUCCCGGGAGCAGAUCCAGGCACUCAAGCAGACCUUUGCGACCAGGCUCGACAAAUGGCGCAUCUUCCAGCGCUAUAUAUCAGCCAACUCGCGGACCAACUUCAUCUACUUGCUCUCGGAGCGCGAGUUCCGUGGCAAGCUCCUGCUUGAUCAUGCGCGGAAGCGGCUCGAGAUCCAGGUCGAGCCCGACGCCACGCGCAAGACUGCAUCUGGGCGCGAUACCAAGACUCUCUCUGGGGGAGAGAAGUCUUUCUCGUCCAUCUGUCUUCUGUUGGCCAUCUGGGAGGCCAUGGGAUCGCCUCUGCGAUGCCUGGAUGAGUUUGAUGUCUUCAUGGACAAUGUCAACCGUGCCAUUAGCACGCAAAUGCUGGUCGACGCAGCUCGCCGGUCUGUUUCUCGUCAGUAUAUCCUCAUCACGCCCAACGCCAUCACGGGCUCCGUGGCGACGGAUAAAGAUGUCAAAAUUCACCGUUUGACGGAUCCUCGCCAGCGCAUUUUGACAGGCGGCCGUUAA